UUUCCCUUCUUUCACUAUGGCUACCACCGAGAUUCGCGAUCCCGUCGAUGUCGAACCGCCCCGGUCUAGCAUCGUGCAUACGCGGGCAUACCAGCAAGAAUUGCUCGAUGAGAGCAAGCGCCGCAACAUCGUCAUUGCUCUCGAUACUGGCUCAGGGAAGACUCAUAUCGCCGUGCUCCGGGUGAAGUAUGAGGCGGAGCGCGAGUCUCGUAAGGUUUCGUGGUUUAUAGCGCCCACUGUGGCUCUUGUAGAGCAGCAAUCCGAAGUUAUCAAGACCGCGAUACCAGUAUCAGUCGGAUACGUGUCCGGAGCAUCGGAGCCUAAUCAAUGGAAAGACGCAGGCCUCUGGCGCGGCAUUAUCGCAAAGCAUCGAAUCAUGGUCACAACGCCUCAGGUGUUGCUCGAUGCACUACAUCAUGGAUACGUAGACAUGGGUUCUGAUAUAAGCCUGCUGGUGUUUGACGAGGCUCAUCACGCGAUUGGCAAGCAUCCGUAUAAUAUGAUCAUGAAGAAACACUAUUUCGGGCUCCCACCGCGCAGCCCGUUAGGAACGUCGACCUCUCGUGUGCGACCCAUGGUCCUCGGACUUACGGCAAGCCCGACAUAUGGCGCGAACGUCGAUGUUGCAUUCAGAGAUUUAGAGAAGAAUUUAGACAGUACCAUUCGGUCUUCUCGCAACAAUCGACAUGAACUAGCGCAAUACGUUCACCGACCGGAGUUCAAGCACGUCAUCUACGCCUCACCGAUCCACGUUCAGGACGGCAUUCCUUCCGUCAACUAUAAGGCACUCGAGGUCGUGAUUGCGGAACUAGACAUCGAACAGGAUCCUUCUGUCAUCGCCCUUCGUGCGAGGCUUGCGAAGCUGCAGCCAGGGGACGACCGUCGGCGCGUAGAUCAACAACUCUCGAAAGCUCUCGACAAGAAAGACACGUUCACCCACAAAGGUCUGCGGGACUUUGCUCGUACUGCCGCAGACAUCUGUAUCGACCUCGGGACUUGGGCGGCCGACUGGUACAUCGCGAGGGUAAUCGAGCGCGCAAAACAAGCUGCGAACCCAUACAACAACAUCAUGUCUGCGUGGCAGGAGAAGGAAAAGCGGUAUCUUCUCGGCAUCCUCAAUCGCGUCUCAGUGAUGGAGCCAUCUGAAGACAUAGAACAGAUCGUUGCAAACCUUACACCGAAGGUCCGCACUCUUGUUGACUCUCUUCUCGUCGAAGAGGCGCUAUUCCGAUCCAUGGACGAAGAGUAUAGCGGCAUCAUCUUCGUCACUCGGCGCGACACUGUCCUCGUCCUCGCGGAGCUUCUCCGGCGCAUCCCGGAGACGUCCCAUCUGUUCCGUAUAGGAUGUCUCCUGGGCUCUUCCUCGAGCUUCAAGCGGCACUCGUUUCUGGACAUCACGCGGAGCAUGCUCGACGAGAGUCAGUCCGACGUCCUGCGCGACUUCAAGAUCGGAGAUAAGAACCUGAUCGUGUCCACGUCGGUCGCGGAGGAGGGCAUUGAUAUCCAAGCUUGUGGAAGCGUCGUGCGGUUCGAUAUUCCCCCUAACGUUGUUUCCUGGGCGCAGAGUCGGGGCCGUGCGCGCCGGAAGAGGAGUAGCUUCGUUAUCAUGUUCGAUCAGGCCGAGCCCCGGGAGGUCGUGCGAAAGUGGGAGGAGACAGAACGUCGGAUGAUGGCAGCCUACAAUGACCCAAGGCGGGACGCAGCUGCUUCUGUCGAAGAGGACGACUUUGACGAUCUAGAUGGAUAUUGCGAGUUUGAGGUCGCUUCGACAGGGGCGCUCCUGACUAUCCACACUGCCGUUCCCCAUCUCAACCAUUUCUGUGCGGUCAUCCCUACAGGAGGGCACGAACACCUUGUACCCAUCUACGAGCUAGAUCCCCCGGAUUACGCCGAAGGCUGGCACGCACUUCCAGAGCAUGCCCGAUUCACGGAGCGAUACACAGGUCCCUGGGGAGCAACUGUCACCUUGCCGAGAGCACUCCCUCCUCACCUGCGCAAGUUCUCUGUUGACCGUAUUCACCGCACCAAACGUCGCGCGCAGCAGCGGGUCGCAUUCGAGGCAUAUGUGGCGCUAUAUCAAGCUGGCUUGCUCAACAACCAUCUGCUCCCGCAUACCAGCGGCAUCGAACCCGAGAAAGAGGACGAGGUGAAGGCCAUGCUCGCGGAAGUAGCGAAACGCGAAAGCACCGCCCAGGUAUCCAUCCAGAUUGAUCCCUGGGCCACUGCGGAGGGUACGCCGUCCUGGUUCGCUCAUGAACUCGUGGUCGAGGGCCUACCGUCGUUACGCAUGUUCACUCGCCGUCCGCUGCCAACAUUCGUCCAGAAGGAUUUCCCGACACUGUAUGUCCCUGGUCGCAAGGAGCUGUCGAUGACCAUCGGUGGUGCAGCGGGCUCUCCGGCGUCGGAUGAGGAAGUCCACCUUGCCCAGCGCUGGACAUACAGGCUUUUCUGGAGACUGUACGGACCCCGCAUGGAACGCGGCAGGGAAGACUUUGCAUACCUCUUCUUGCCCAUAGGGUCGUGGCCGGACGCUGAAGAAUGGGAUGAGCGACGCAGGUGGAUGGACGACCGAUUUAUGGGUGGGCUGGCGCUCCAAGGCGAGACACCAUUCGCAGCAAAUGCUGCAGCAUUUGGCGCCAGAUUCUCGCACCCGACAAAUCUUCCGUUGGUCCGGGGCGUGAGCAAAUACAAUAAGCCUCUCCGCCUGCUGCGGUGGCAAUAUGAUCCUCUCACGACAGAAGAGGAAGAGAAGUUUCGCGAGGAGUACAGCGCGUACCCAGAUCUAGAGAUCACGUAUCCUCUCUUGGUCGUUCGGUCGCUUCCGAAACGACGGAAUUUCCUCAUACCGUUCCCUGAAGAGGAUACGGACCACGAAAUCCCCAGCCAAUCUGGAGACGCACCAUUCCUGUUGCAUCCGCAGUAUACCUUGGUGGAGCUCGCUUCCCAGACGGAGGUUCAAUAUACCCUGCUUCUUCCUUCGAUCCUGCGUUGGCUUGCUAUGGCGUUGACCGUGCACAGCCUCCGUACAUCCCUCUUCAAACAGAACCCUGUUUCGACCGUCGCGCUCCGUCACCUCGUUACUGCGAUCACGGCGCCCGCUGCUCAAGAACGGUUCCACUACCAGCGUCUCGAGACUCUAGGCGACACAGUGUUGAAGUUCAUCACGAGCAAUCUACUGUAUGCAGAUUUCCCUCUCUGGCAUGAAGGUUAUCUCAGUCGGAAAAAAGACCACGCUGUCGCCAACGUCAACCUCGCUAGGUGGGCCGUAAAGAAGGGACUAUACAGGUGGAUCAUCAGAGAUCGCUUUAUCCCCAGGAAAUGGAAGCCACAUUACUCGAGCGCUGCAGGCGCAUUCGACGAAAUUCUAGACGACCGCAGCAGAGAAGGCACACCCACGGCUAGCGAUGCCGCAGCACAGAACGGCAAUAGCAAGGAGAGUAGGAAGGGAAAAGCCGAAGACCUUUCCACCAAGAUGCUUGCGGAUGUGGUCGAGUCCCUCAUUGGAGCCGCGUACGAAGACGGGGGGUUUGACCGAGCGAUCGACUGCGUCACUGCGUUCAAUCUUGGGCUUUCAUGGAAGAAGCUCCCGGAGUACAUUGGAGCGAUGCAUGCUGUCGACGACAUCGACGACAUCCCUGAGCAGCUUGCGCUCGUCGAGCAAAUGAUCAACUACCGCUUCGCCCGUCGCACCUUCCUCGUCCAGGCGCUCACGCACGCCAGCUACCAAGGAGACUUCGCUACGAUGUCGCUGGAACGACUCGAGUUCCUCGGCGACGCCGCGCUCGACAUGAUCGUCGUCGACUACCUCUACCACGCCGAGGGCAAGGACUAUAGCCCGGGGUACAUGCACAUCAAGAAGAUGGCGGUCGUGAACUCGCACAUCCUCGCGUACACCUGCCUCAAGACCGCCGUCACGGUCGAGUCGACGAUGCCGACGUGGUCGCCCGAGCACGGGCUCGAGGCCGUCGACGACUCGCAGCAGGUCUACCUCUGGCAGUGUCUCCUCCACUCGAGCCACCGCGUGCUCGAGGACCAGAACCUCACCUUCCUCCGGUAUCAAAAGCACGGCGCGGAGAUCGCGGACGCGCUCGAGAACGACGCGGUCUACCCAUGGGCGGGGCUGACGAGCCUCCAGGCCCCCAAGUUCAUCAGCGACAUGGUCGAGAGUAUCCUCGGGGCGGUGUACGUCGACUCGUUCGGGGACCUCGGAAAGGUGCGGCAGGUGAUGGAGACGCUGGGCCUGAUGCGCGUCCUCGAGCGCGUCGUGCACGACGACGUGGAUGCGCUGCACCCCGUGUCCCGCCUGGAGAUCUGGGCCGCGCAGCACAAGCCGAGGAAGGAGGUGGAGUACAAGCUCACGAAGGAGAAGGGUGACGUGACGUGCGCAGUGUACAUUGAUGAGAAAGAGCUGCUGCAGGUCACGGCGCCGUAUCGCAGCAAGGUUAGCGAGGACGAGGUUCGGUUCAAGGCUGCGGAGAAGGCGCUCGCCCAGGUCAGGGCGGAGAAUAUGGAUAUUGACAAGGAUGUGUUUGACGGUGACGAUGAAGAGGUUGAAGCAAUGGUAGCCGAUACCGAGGCUCAUGCCGAUAGCAGCUAA